AUGAACUAUAUAAGGUUAAUUUGAUUUUAUUUAACAGAAAUAUUAAUUUUCUUCUUAAAUAGGAAUUACUUCUUCCGAAUCAUGUACGACGUAUAUCAUCCUAGUGUAAGUGUAACAGCAUUUAAAUAAUUUCAAGCAUUAGUUCUAAAACUAAUUUACUUUAAUGCCAUUAGUAUUAUAAUAUUGGAAAGUUGGGUUGUACUGAUCCUAUAAAAAUAAGCACAACAUUUUAUGUUUAUAUUGAAUUGUGUGAAGCAAAAAGAUAUUGGGAAGUUAAUUACAAAUACAAUGAAAAUCUAGAUUUGUUAUAUUUGGAAGUAAAAAGAAAUAUAAAUUCACAAACAGAAGUAUAUGUACCUUGGCCAACAUCAUCUAAUAUCUCUCUUGAUAUGAUUGAGAAGAUACAAAAAGAUUUAAAUGUUAAACAGAUAACCUUUGUUUUUAAAUUAGAAGAUAGCACAAGCAUUAUUUACAAAGUUAGCGAGGGACUUGUGAAACCUGUAAGUCCAAGAAAAACUAAACUGAUGAAAGAAAAAGAAGAAAAGAAAUUAAAUUUAGAGAAAGAAAUAAGGAAAAAUACUUCAUAUUUGUAUGAAUUAGCAAAGUCCUUAAAUACAGAAGAUGCUAAUAAGAAUGAUUCAAAUAUAAGUCAUGACAAUAAAAUAAUAAAUGAAUAA